UCUCAGGAUCACUUUAAUAAAGCUUCCAUUUGUAUGACGCUCUUCAUAUCCUGGUUGUGAUACAUCUUCCUAAAACAGUAAAUACAACGCGCAAUUUGUAAACAGACCGUUUAUUUUCCUGCAUAAACUACAACCACAAAAGCAGCACACGAUUCAACCGGCUGAAAAAAUAUAUGAAACGACAAACGCCAGGAAUGCACACAGACACUGCUCAAAACAAACUACAACUCCCAUGGUUCCGCGCGGCAUCGCUGUUAUUUGGCUUCAUGUCUUGUAGACGUGGGCAGCAGGGAGGGACUCGAACAAACAAACCUCCAGAACACCAACAUAUAUAAAUAUAUAUCUCCUGACAUGCGGAGGGGAUCUGAAGGAUAACUCCUCUCACCAGACCCCCAACAUGUGGUUGAAGCCGGAGGAGAUCCUGCUGAAGAACGCCUUUAAACUCUGGGUCACUGAGAAUGACAAUGAUUAUUUCGUGCUGCAGAGGAGACGGGGCUACGGGGAAGGGGCAGGCGGGCUGACAGGUCUGCUGGUGGGAACCCUGGACACGGUCAUGGACUCCACAUCCAAGGUGGCUCCGUUCCGCAUCUUACACCUCACCCCCGACUCCCAGAUCUACUGGUCCAUCGCCUGCGGUGGCACCAAGGAGGAGAUUGUGAAGCACUGGGAUUGGCUGCAGCAGAACAUCAUGAGGACUCUGGCCGUGUUCGACUCCAGCGAUGACAUCACCAGCUUCGUCCAGGGAAAGAUCAGGGGUCUGAUCGCCGAGGAGGGCAAGAGCUCUAUGGUGCAGGAGGAGGACCCCGAGAGGUUCAGGGAGGCCCUGCUCCGGUUCCACAAGUGGUUCGAGCUGCCGGCCAAGGAGAAGCUGGUCACCUACUACUCCUGCAGCUACUGGAGGGGCCGCGUGCCCUGCCAGGGCUGGCUCUACCUCAGCACCAACUUCCUCUGCUUCUACUCCUACCUGCUGGGCGCCGAAGUGAAGCUGGUGAUCUCCUGGGAUGAGAUCUGGCGCCUGGAGAAGACGUCGAACGUGAUCCUGACGGAGAGCAUCCACGUGCAGGCUCACGGCGAGAACCACUACUUCUCCAUGUUCCUGCACCUCCACGAGACCUUCCUGCUCAUGGAGCAGCUGGCCGACUACUCCGUCAAGAGGCUGUUCGACAAGGAGUCGUUCAACCGCGAGCCCAGCCUCUGCGACCCCCUGCAGAUCACUAAGAGAGGUCUGGAGACCCACGCCAGGAGCGAGCAGUUCCGGAUGUUCUUCCGCCUCCCCCGGGAGGAGAACCUCCUGGAGGUCCACGAGAGCUUCCUGUGGGUGCCCUUCAGCCACUUCAACGCCCUGGGGAAGAUCUGCCUGUCGGAGAGCUACCUCUGCUUCGCCAGCCAGGACGGCACCCAGUGCCACGUCAUCAUCCCCAUCCGCGAGGUGGUCAGCGUGGAGAAGCCCGACUCCAGCAGCCGGUCGCUGACGGUGUGCGUGCGGGGCAAGCGGGCGCUCCGCUUCUCGGAGGUGCGGUACUACGAACGCCUGGCCGGGACCAUCCGGAGCCGCUGCGGCAUCGCCAGCAGCCCGCAGCACUCGGCCUCCACCGAGACCAUCAAGGGGGAGUGCCAGACGCUGAUCAACCACUUCGAGGACAACCCCGACGACGUGACCCUGAUGGUGGGCCAGAGGGACAGCAGCAAGGCCGUGAGCACGGAGGCCCUCAUGACCGUCUUCCACCCGCAGGACGUGGAGAACCUGGACCCCAAGAUGCUGAAGGAGAAGAUGAAGGAGCAGUCGUGGAACAUCCACUUCACAGAGUACGGUCGAGGAACCAGCAUGUUCUUCACCAAGAAGACCCGGGACCUGAUCGUCCGCGGAGUUCCAGAGGCGCUCCGAGGAGAGCUGUGGAUGUUGUUCUCAGGGGCGGUCAACGACAUGGCCACCCACCCCGGCUACUACACGGAGCUGGUGGAGCACUCCCUGGGCACCUCCACCCUGGCCACGGACGAGAUCGAGAGGGACCUCCACCGCUCGCUGCCCGAGCACCCCGCCUUCCAGAGCGACACGGGCAUCUCCGCCCUGCGCAGGGUGCUCACCGCCUACGCCUCCAGGAACCCCAAGAUCGGCUACUGCCAGGCGAUGAACAUCCUGACGUCGGUGCUGCUGCUCUACGCUAAGGAGGAGGAGGCCUUCUGGCUGCUGGUGGCCGUCUGUGAGCGGAUGCUCCCCGACUACUUCAACCGCAGGAUCAUCGGAGCCCUGGUGGACCAGGCGGUCUUCGAGGAGCUGAUCCGGGACCACCUGCCCCAGCUGGUGGAGCACAUGGCGGACCUGAGUUUCUUCUCGUCGGUGUCGCUGUCCUGGUUCCUCACGCUGUUCGUCAGCGUGCUGCCCAUCGAGAGCGCCGUCAACGUGGUGGACUGCUUCUUCUACGACGGCGUGAAGGCCAUCCUGCAGCUGGGCCUGGCCGUGCUGGGCGCCAACAUGGAGGCUCUCAUCAGUUGCCACGACGACGCCGAGGCGGUCACCAUCCUCAACAAAUUCUUCGACAGCGUGACCAAUAAGGACAGCCCCCUGCCGCCCACGGUGCAGCAGGCGUCGCUUAGCAACAGCGACCGGUCCUCCCACGCCACCGUGGACAUCAGCGAGUUGAUCCGGGAAUCCUACGAGAAGUACGGCAGCAUCCGCUCGGAGGACGUGGAGAGCUCCAGGAAGAGGAACAAGCUGUUUGUGAUCCAGACCCUGGAGGACACCACCAAGCAGAACGUGCUCCGCGUCGUGUCACAAGAAGUCAAAUUCAGCGCCUCACAGUUGGACGACCUGUACUACCUGUUUAAGAGGCAGCACUUCCUCAGCUGCUACUGGAUGAUCGACAGCCCCGCGCUGACGCACCACGACCCCAGCCAGCCCUACCUGGACCAGUACCAGCUGGGCUUCCAGCAGUUCAGCCUCCUGUUCUCCCUGCUGGAGCCCUGGGCGGUCUGCUCCGCCAGCCACAGCCUCUCGCUGUGGGUCUGCCGGCUCAUCGACCACAACCAGGACGGCCUCGUCAACUUCAAGGAGUUCUGCUCCGCCCUGGACAUCUUUUACCACGGGUCCUUCACCGACAAGCUGAAGUUCCUCUUCAAGCUGCAUCUGCCUCCAGCGUUCACAGGCGCCCCCUCCCUCUCGGGGGAGCGGAGGGUCUCUGCGUCCCAGGACCCCCCCCACCUCGCUAGACUCACCGCGUUUGAGCUCCCAGAGGAUGGUGUGAUCAGAAAGAGUCCUGAAAGAGGGAGAGGGAAGGUGGACCUGCAGGCCUACCUGAAACAGUGGCAGGACGAGAUCCUGAAGAAGGAGGAGACCAUCAAAGACCUGCCCAGAAUCAACCAGGCCCAGUUCAUCCAGCUCUCUAAGACCAUGUACAACCUGUUCCACGGCGACCCUGAGGAGGAGGAGCUGUACCGCGCCGUGGCCCGCGUCACCAGCCUGCUCCUCCGCAUGGAGGAGGUGGGGAGGAGGCUGCAGGAGCCCGCCAGCCCCAAGAAGACCCCCCCGGCUCCCCCCGCCGGCCCCCCCGAGCAGGGGGAGGGGGAGGGGGAGGGGGAGGAGCAGAGGGAGGAGCCGGCCUCCUCUUCCUCCGCUGUGCAAAAGGACUCCCCCACCUCCUCCUCUUCACCCUCCGCUGUGCAGAAGGACUCGCCCACCUCCUCCUCUUCACCCUCCACGGUGCAGAAGGACUCGCCCACCUCCUCCCCCGCCUCUUCCUCCUCCCCCACCUCCUCCCCCACCUCCGCGGUGCAGAAAGACUCCCCCUCCUCCUCCUCCCCCCCCCCCACCUCCUCCCCCACCUCCGCGGUGCAGAGGGACUCCCCCGUCUCCGGCGAGGUGGACUGGUCCUUCUCCUUCGAGCAGAUCCUGGCCUCGCUCCUCAACGAGCCCAAGGUGGUGUUCUUCUUCGAGCGGCCCGUGGACGCCGACGCCCGGCUGGCCCACGCCCGGGCCCUGCAGCUCAGACCCAGGGCCAAGUGAGGCGCCCCGGGGUGGGGGCGUCCGGUCGGUCCGCAACCCUCCAUUCCCCCCCUUUGAGGACCACGGGGGCUGUUGAGGGGGUGUGUUUCACCGCCCCCCCCCCCCCCCCCCCCCCCCCUCGGGUCGGUAGACCCUCUCACUCAAACCAGCAGCCCGGGUCCUGAAGUCCGACCGCGCUCUUUGUGGUCCGCGGGUUCGAGUUCUCCCUGAGAACGCCAGCCGCUCUGGCGCUCUCCGUCUCCGGUCCCCUUGUUGCUACGGCAACCGAGUCCGAAAAAACACAGUGAACGGAUGGACGCGGUGAGUCACGCCGGCUCCAGCUUCUCCCGUGAGUCAUCGCGGUGAGUUGUCCAGUUCCCCGGAGCCAAGGAACGCCAGUGAUCUGUUAUUACUGACCUUCACUAAAACAGGAUCUAAAGAGAGGAGAUAAUUUGUGAACAAUUCCAGCCCACCUUAAAAAAAAAUCUAUUUUUUCGAUUUGUUGAUUCAUUUCUGACUAGCACCUGCCGUCGUUUGAUAUGUAGACAAGGUUUGGAAACGGGAUCUGGUGUACAUAGUCUGGUUUGGAGACCGGAUCUGGUGUACAUAGUCUGAAUACGUAGAUCAGGUUUGACACAGGAUCUGGUGUCCUACUCUGAAUAUGUAGAUCAGGUUUGACACAGGAUCUGGUGUCCUAGUCUGAAUACGUAGAUCUAGUUUGACAAAGGAUCUGGUGUCCUAGUCUGAAUAUGUAGAUCAGGUUUGACACAGGAUCUGGUGUCCUAGUCUGAAUAUGUAGAUCAGGUUUGACACAGGAUCUGGUGUCCUAGUCUGAAUACGUAGAUCAUGUUUGGAGAGAGGAUCUGGUUUAUAUAGUCUGAAUACGUAGAUCAGGUUUGAAGAUGGGUGUUGUACAGUCUGAUGUAACUCCACCGGCCAUAUUAGAUGUUCAGUGUUGUCAAUGAGUUACGAUGUGAGGCUUGAGCAAUAACUCGUGGAACAGGGAAGGCUAUACCAAUGGCACAAACGUUAUGGCACAAAACUGCCCUCUCAUGUCCAAGACAGGUAAUGGUAGUUUGAGAAAGAAGUUGGGGUUAAGAAAUCACUUGUUUCUCCAUGGUAACCUUGUGUAAGUAGAGUGAUUAGCCAAUCAAAAAUCGACCCCUUGAGUGACAUCACAAGUGGGAGUGUUCCAUCCAGAUGCAUGAUGGGGAAGAUCUUGCAGUUGGUCAUGAACCGGGGUGGAAUUUCUUACUGGUGAUGUCACUAGGGGUAGGUUUGGGGGUAAAAAGGGGCAUCCACUUCUUGGAUUAUGCAUCGUAUGUUUUCUCAUUGAAGCUCCAAAGGGAAUGCAUGGCUGAACCACGUACCGUUGAAGCGCUUUACGUUCUCGUUAUGUUCCUGUGUUGAAGAGCGUUUCCUUUGAUAACUGUCGUCGAGACUCGAGCUGGGAUCUUUGUAUUUUUGAUGGCAUGAGUUUGUGGUUUGCCUUCCGAAACACUUGCACUUUUGUUUCAGUAUGUCGCCGCGUACGUUCAGUGUCUGUUUUGCUCACGUCUCAGGGUGAAACGUAAUUGGUCGGAUUUGGAUUUUUGGGCUGGCUGUGUUUUUGUUUCAUUUCAAAUUAAAAGCCCCCCCUGUAGGGUCCUUACAGGGCUGUGAUCAAUGCUGAGUGCUGACCGCAGGAGACAAGAUGAGCCCGGUUACCGUCGGUUAACCAGACACUCUUCACUUAUUCAGUCUUCUGCGUUCACAUUUCCAGUUUUAUAUGUGUUCUAUGAAUUCCCAGAUUUUGUUGUCAAAAGUAAAAUGUGUCGCAGAGUUGUACAUUAAGAGCUUGGAGUCAUAUCGCCGUGGAAACUUUGGAUCCCAAACAUUCCGAAUCACUUUCAGAGAUUUAUGCAAAGAAAUGUAGAAGUAUAGAAACGUAUAAAGACAGGAACAUAGAGAGGAUUUUAGGAGAAAUAGGGAUCUUCAUCUAACUCAUUAAAGCACACCCCUCAUAGCAUGUAGGACCAUGUGGAUGGAAUAUACAUAUUUAUAUAUAGAAAUAUCUAUAUUAAUAUAUGUAUUAUAUGUUCUUACCAUGUGAACAGUAACGAUUCUGUUGUCGGUCGACUGAAAACCUGCCUUGGGUAAAAGAUGUAUAUGUGUAUCUAUAAAUAAAUAUAUAUAAUA